AUGAUGGCCUCUCUUGCGUUGGAUGACUUACUCUGUACCUUUGUGCCUAUUGCUGUUUAUUGGAUGUACUCAGGCAUCUAUGUUUUGCUCGGUGAUUUGAAACAGUACAGGCUUCACAAUAAGGUUGAAGAGGAUAAGAAGAACAUUGUUUCAAAGAAAACCGUUGUGAAAGGCGUCCUCCUGCAGCAAGCUUUCCAAAUACUCGUCUCUCUUCUCAUCUUGACGCUCAUGAAGGAUGACAACCGCGUUAUCCUGCCGCAGCCUGCACUUCACAUGAUCUUCCUCCAGUUCAUCGUGGCCAUGGUGGUGAUGGAUACCUGGCAAUACUUCAUGCACCGACUCCUCCACAUGAACAAGUUCCUGUACAAACACAUACACUCCAAGCACCACGACCUCGUCGUCCCCUACCCCUAUGGAGCUAUGUACAACCAUCUUUUCGAAGGGCUCAUCCUCGAUAUCAUUGGGGGAGUUCUCUCCUACUUUGUUUCAGGAAUGACACCUCGUACCACUACGUACUUCUUAUCUUUCAGUGCAAUCAAAAGUGUCGAUGAUCAUAGUAGUAUGUGGCUUCCUGCAAACUUGUUACAUGUUUUCUUCGACAACAACAGUGCGUAUCAUGAUAUUCACCAUCAGCUCUAUGGCAUAAAGUACAACUUCUCUCAGCCUUUCUUUAUCACUUGGGAUAAAAUACUCGGAACUCAUAUGCCAUUUUUGCUUGAGAAGAGAAAGGAGGGAGGAUUUGAGGCCCGCCCGAUAUAUCAAGAAGAUUAA